AUGGAGACGGAAGAAGGGACGACUGAUGUCGUCCAUCCCGAAGUUCGGGCCCACAUUAACAGCCUCGUCUCCGCGCUUGGCGGUCUGAGUGCCGACGACGACGGGCGUUACGUCCUGGGUGAUGAUGCCCUCGAUGUCCUCCGCGAUCUUAAGAAAUGGAUUCGAUUCUACGACGAAAAGAUGAACCGAAUGGACGUAGCUCGUUGCAUAUUUGACUCCAACGUUGUUGAAGGCGAUCUCCUCAAGAUCUUGGCGCUGUGGACCGAGGCCGACGCGGAAAGCAAGUUCAAAGCCAAGCUAACUCUCUCCUGUCUCGAAGUCAUGGUACCUCUUACCUGGCCUUUCGAAAAGGACCCAGAACGACUGACCGUCAACAAUUACCGUCAUAUGCCGGUCCUUGAACUGGCGCAGGUGCAGUACAAACGAGCGAUAAUCAACCACGAUGCCACCCGAGUCCUACACACCGCCAUCAGAAUGGCCCUGCCUUCAAUGGCGCUUCCGAUCGGAGACCGCACGGCCAGAGACCAGGGAAUUAUCAAACUUUAUGACGGAGACGAAAGCCAGAUAUCCCGAUCAGCCCUCAUUGAUGCUUUCUCCUACCAAGACAUCUUUCUCGUCUUGUUGACCGUAGCGUCAAAUAUGGGCGAAGAUUUCAGGACUGAAGAUGUGAUUGUCAUGGAAAUAUUGUUUCACUUGGUCAAGAGGGUGGAUGCGGACUGGCUGUUCAUGAACGAGAAGCAGCAGGACAAGGCGAAAGCGGAGGAUCUUGUCGCCUUGAUGAAGAAGGAAGAAGCUAUGCAAAGCUCCCACAAGAAGCACGCCGCCUCCCGGCAUAAUAGGUUUGGCACGACCAUCUGGGUGAAGCGCGACGACGGCAAAAUGUCCACCAUUUCCAGCCAAGCAGCCCUCAUAGAUGUUGCCACGCGACAGCGUAAGCUCGACGAGAGCAAAUCUUUCAGGCCGCCCAAGUAUCGCAAGAAGAACGUGGCCGAUAACACAGACCUCGGGCCGGCCCCCAAACUCAAUUCGCGGGCGAGUGAUCAACUCAAAGGGCAAUUCUUCUAUCUAGUUGCGUGGUUCCUGCGCGCGGAACGGGCGCGACAAAAGAUGCGGCCGACGCCGAGGGGCACUACACAAGAGGAGGAAGAUGUUAGCCCUUUCAACCUCGUGGCUAGCGUCCUUACACAGGAGAUGUUCAUCACCUUGCAAAGGUCAAUGAGGAUAGCCCUAGACAACAAGACCUGGGAGGACCUGAUUGCCAUCAUGCGAUGCUUCACACAAAUCCUGCUGACAGUCCAGGAUAUGACGGCUACGGGCAACGAGGCUGACGAAGAGAUUGCAGAGAAUAUUCUGAGCCGUCUAUUUUACGAGGACACAGUUCACGAGCUCGUGACAAGCGUCGUUCGUAAUUACAAUCACCAAGGCUUUGAGUUUUUGGACGCGUCAACGGAGCUGGCGCACCAUUUUGUGCGUCUGCUCGAGGCGUAUUCGAAGAAGAACGUGGAUAUGCAGGUCCGAUCGCGGAAGAAAGCACGCAAGAAGAAGCGGGAUGCUGCCAAGGCUGGUGGAGACGGCGGCGAUGACGGGGACGACCUUGGAGCAUCGGAUGAGGAUGAGCAGCAGGCGCAAAAGACGGUCUCAGAGCGCAAGUUCAGCUUCGAGUCGUUUGCACAGCGUUUCAUUCCUCAGAAUGUCGUUGACACCUUUGUGAUCUUUCUCAAGCAUUACCGAGAACUCAACGAUGACCAGCUCAAGCGUAUUCACCGCUACUUUUACAGGUUAGCCUUCAAGCAGAAUAAAGCUGUGAUGCUAUUCAGGGUAGACAUCAUCCACCUGCUCUACAGUAUGAUCAAGGGUCCGGAACCGUUAGAGAGGAAUUCCGCUCUCUAUAAGGAUUGGGAGGAGCUUAUCAAGCAGGUACUGAGGAAGUGUGCCAAGAAGUUUCAGGAGCAGCCAGCACUCGCUGUGGAGAUGCUCUUCAGCAAGACAAACGAGAUUGCGCAUUUCAUCGAGACGGGCCAAGAGCGAGAGCAGAAGAAGGCCAACCCUCGUCCUGCAGCGGAGCUCGAGUUCCGGCGCACAGAAGAGCUGGACAAACAGAUUGCCAUUGUCGUGGGGGCUUUACUAGACAGGAAUGAAGUGGAGCACAUUUCGUGGGUCAAGCGUGUUCUCCGCGCGGCGGAACAGGAAAGGCGGGAGUGGUUGGAGUCCGAGGCUGCCUUGCCUUCGGUUGAAGCUGGAGGGGCAGAGGGCGAGAAGCCUGCCGGAGACCCGAAUGAGGUUUCAACCCGCACGACAGAACCAACAGAGCUCAAGGAGCCUCCUUCCUACAAUGUGAAAGCUGAUACUGACGCUCGCCGCCUGGAAAUGGUGAAAAACCCUUAUCUACGACUCUUGAUGAAGACUGUCGGAAUCGCGAGGCUCAGUCCAAGCCUCGAAGAAACCUUGGACUCAAUCUGGACCAUCUCAUCGGAGGUCACGGCAGAUCAACUCAAGGAGUACGUCGAUCUCAUCAACGCAGCCGAGUUCAACCCUCCCACUUUUGAGGAUGGAGAAGCGGCAGAGAAACAGCUCCGGCGCAAAACAAACCGCACUCGUGCAUACCUCUCAUCGGACGAGGAUGAGAAUGAAGAGCUUUUCCCGGCAGGUGGUCCAACUGUGCGCAAGGCCAUUGAUGGCGAAGAGCGGCCAAAGAAGGCAAAGAGACGCAGGCGUCAGAAGAGCCAACCGCUCGAAGACGAAGAGCUAGAGGAGCGUGCGAGGAAGAGGAGAGACAAGGAGCGCGAAAGGCGGUCUAAGAUCAAGAGUGAGGCGUUCGUGAAGACGGUAAUGGAUAUCAGCAGUGGGGGUGAGGACGAGGAUGGGGACGGAACAGAUGCGUCCAGCGGGAAGUCUGACUCUAGUGGGGAUAGUGAGGAAGAAGACGAGUCGUCGAGCAAGUCUGACUCUGAGGAGGAGAAUGUACCGUCUGGCUCUCGGCGGGCUGGCCGCCGCAAGCGCAGGAGAGUCUCGAAUAAAGGCAAGGCCCCUUCAGACACCGAGCUGCCAGUCGAUGAGGAGCCGCCCACAUGGUCGCCCACCAGAGAAACGACGGCUAGGGGAAAGUCGCGGGAAGGGGACAAGGAUGUAGAUGACGAUGUAGGCAUGGUGGGGACAGGUCAGAACAGUGACGAGGAGGAAGAUGACGUCCCCAAAACAUCCCAGCUCGCCCGCGGAUUUUAUUCCCCUCCCCUGCAGCGAUGGACCAAAAGCCUUCCCUUCCCCGCCGGGGAGCCUAUCUCCGAACGAGCCUCCCCCAGCUACGCCGACCUCCCCGUCUCGCUCCCGAUGAACAGGCAGGAUGCCCAAUUCCUCUCUCCGUUUGAGGAUAGCCGCCCCUCUUCCCCGUCGUUUUCCGGUCGCUGGCAAGACCCGCGCUCGGCGUCAACCCAGUCGCUCGUGCCCUCGGAGGCCGACGGCGAUAGAGGAGGUAGGCGUCGGCUGCUCAUGAUUUAUAUUCACGGCUUCUAUGGGAACAACCGCUCCUUCAACUCGUUUCCCGCGCACGCGCACGCCUAUCUAAAGGAAGCGCUGCGCGAGUCCCACGUCGUGCAUACCAAGAUCUAUCCUAGGUAUAAAACGUACCAUGCCAUUGGCGUAGGCGCCAAGAGUUUCAGCUCCUGGCUGGAACCGCACGAGGACGAAACCACGGACAUUGUGCUCGUCGGUCACUCUAUGGGGCCAAACCCAAACCCGUUUGGAUCACACCAAUUUGGCCAUCGCAUCCUUGGUGUGGUGGCCCUGGACACGCCGUUUCUCGGCUUACAUCCGGGCAUUAUCCCAACCGGUAUCGCCAGCCUCUUUCGAAGUCCGCCCGAAAACACCAGUCUCAGCUCGCCGAGUCCCGACCCUCCAGAACUGGCGCUGGCUCAAACAAGAUCCACCCCCACGCUCAACCAAGAGCUCAGCACUACCACCACCACCUCCUCCACCCUUCACUCCACGGAUUCUAUAAUAGACACGGGGUCGUAUCCGACAGCCUUUACCUCUGGAUCCGACCUCACUCGCCUAUCUCUUGAAUCCCCUAGCCAGAUACCCUCUCCCAACCCGCCGUCAGCCCGUGACCCCAAUUUUAACCCACCUUGGUUCAAUGACACCAUCAUGAAGGAUCGCUCGUUCUUCAAGAGUGUCGCUCACUUUACGCGUAAACACUUGUCCGAGGGCGUCUUUAAUGCGGCGGGGAAACAUUUCAUGUCCCACAUGGAGUAUGGCGCGUGCCUAGCAGAUUACCCCGGUCUCCAUAAUCGCUACAACCGGAUGCGUGUUCUCGAGGACGUUGACGAUAUCAAGGCCCUCACAAAUGACAUGGUAUCGCACGAGCCCAAUUUUCGGCUGCAGCCCGCUCGGGUCCGUUUCGUAAACUAUUAUACCAGUUCGACGGGGAGGAUAAAACCCCCAAAAUCCGAGGUAGAGGUACCAGACAAAUGCGACAUUGAACAGGGUACAGAAGAGUUAGAAAAGAGGGAGGAGUCACCGGCCGCGCUAGACCCUAGUGCUGCAGAAGGUCGGGGAUCUGAAGGCGAAGAGGUGGAAGCAAAGCUGCCAACACCGAGGAUAUCCGUCGAACUCCACGAGAACGACCGAAUCGAGGUACAGCCAGUUCAGACAACAUCGCCAAUCCUUGAAGACGAGCCGCCAGAAAUGACAGUAUUGGAGCCUUUGCCAGAUGGAGACAACGGAAUGGAACAUGCCGAACUCCUCGACAUUCCCCCACCACCGACGCCUCCUCCGCAGCCCCCAGAUACCUCCUCCUUUCCAGACAAAGCCGCUCAAAAGGCUUCCGAAAAGGAAACAAAGGCCCUUCAGAAAGAGUACGAGCGGGCCGUCAAGUCUCGAGAGAAGCUCAUCAAACAACGACAAAAGCUGCUGGACAAGCAGCGUCGCCAACAAGAAAAGGCCGCCGCCAAAGAGGCUGCAGCGAUCGUAGCGGCCGAGGCUACACAAAGUGCACCACCCAUCGACGAGAAAAAGGAGAAGAAGCCACGCAAGUUCUGCGCAUUGCCGCGCAAGCGAAAUGGCGAGCCCGACUCUACGUGGGUUAGCGUCUUUAUGGAGGGCAUGGACGAGGUCGGCGCCCACUGCGGGCUCUUCUUCCCCGGGCCGCACUAUGAUAAACUCGUUGGCGAUAUGGGGCAUAGGGUCGUCGGAUGGGUGCAGGACGACAUGACGAGGAGGACCAUUGCUGAGAUGAUGCCAAGCUGA